AUGCCAAGGACAAGCGGCUUUACGGAGGCUGAAUUGGCAGCGUUCGAGUGGUCAAAGAACCAGAAAAGGGUGGAAAAACCGCAAUAUCGCAAGGGUUACGGCUCCAGGAGGAGGUCAUUUAGUGAGACGUCGCAAAGUGACUCGGAUUCCUCCGCGGAUUACGCGGCAAUUAGGGGCUCCAGGCACAGGCAUGAAAGGGGAAGUAGACGCUAUAGGUCAAGAUCUAGGAGCGGAGGCCAUAUGAGGUCGAAAACUCGCAGGAGACGGUCCCGUUCUUCCUCCAGGAGCAGUUCCAGAGGCUCUCGUUCGAGGGGUCAUAGACUUUUUUCCAGGUACCGUAGUACAUCUUCCUCCACUCCAAGGGACCCUUAUAAUCCGCUAAAACUCGCCCACAGGAUGGAUAGAGGGAAUGUGCGUGGUAGGAGGCAAGGAAAUAGUGACAGGGAUCGCCGUUCUCCAGAAAGAAGCCAAGAUGAGAGAUACACAGAAUCGCAUGUUGAGAAGGAUGACGGUAAAUGGAAACAUGAUUUAUACGAGAGCGAUGGCGAGAGAGCAGCAUAUGAAGCAGAUUUGAGGGCUCAAAAGCAGAACACAGGAUACGUUGUUGAUACCAGAAAAGGUGCCUGGCGCUCUAGAGCUGGAGGCGUCUACCUAUCCCCAAAGGAGGAGGUUGAUGAAGAUUUGUAUGAGAAUCGCAAGAGAAGUAGCGGUAGGUCAUCUCCCAGUUAUGGCCGAGAUUGA